AUGUCCUUCUUGCUUUCUAUCUUCAAGCCAAUCGCUUACAUUUCCCUUCCUGUCAUUCUUGCACGAACCGCCAUAUCAUCAUCACCUAUGGGACUUUACUACUUUCGACGUGGGCUUUACUUGGGCUGUAUGACAGCUGUUGCGACGUUCGGCAUUGUAGUCGCAGCCACGAUGUCGGCGACCGGAUAUCGAUACGAUGUUAAUUGGGUCAUUGCCAGGACCUUCUACGCAUUGGCUGGCACUGUCCUGAACAUCAAGGUAGAGGUAGAAGGGGAGGAGCACUUAUUGACAAAGCCAGCAGUACUUCUCAGCAAUCACCAGAGCAUGCUCGAUAUAUUGUUCGUGGGCAGGUUGAUGCCCAAGAGAACUUCCAUCAUGGCCAAAAAGUCAUUACAGUACACGCCACUCGGUCCGUUCAUGAUUAUGUCUGGUGCUGUCUUUAUCGACCGAGGGAAUAACGCCCGGGCAGUACGCUCACUAGAAGCUGCGGGACAACUAAUGAAGAAUCGCAAAAUCUCAUUAUGGAUGUAUCCAGAAGGUACUCGACAUAUGUCGAAAGAGCCAGAUUUGCUACCUUUCAAAAAGGGAGCCUUUCAUCUGGCUCUUCAGUCCGGCAUUCCCGUCGUGCCUAUAAUUACAGAAAACUACUGGCGUAUUUAUCAGGAGGGUUUCUUCGGAACUGGUGUCGUCAAGAUCCGUGUGCUUCCUCCAAUCCCAACAGAAGGCCUUACCGCCAACGAUGUCCCUGAGCUCGCCGAAAGAGUCCGUGAUCAGAUGCUCGAUGCUUUACGCGACAUUUCCGUCAAAGUUGAGCCAGCACCUGCUGAAGAGCCACGAGACCUACCACCACCAACGACUUCAAGCGACCCUGCCUUGGUUUCGUCACCCUCCAAUACCAAAGAAGAGGGUGCCUUUUCGCCUCCUGAUGUCAAUCCGGAACAGGUGUUGGAAGCCAGAACGAGUUCAGUGGUGUCUAUUGCGUCCUCUGACUCGAAUCAUAGAGAACAAAGAUCGGAACCCAGCGAGAAUGGCACAGAAACGGAAGAAGACGAAGGGAUGAUUCUUGUAGGAAGACCAACGUAG